CUGGAUGUUAUCCAAUCUGGUUUGGAGAACCAUGAUUCCGGCGUCGGUAUCUAUGCGCCCGACGCCGAGGCGUAUACAGUCUUCGCUGAAAUCUUCGAUCCAAUCAUCGAUGAUUAUCACGGCGGCUUUAAGAAGACGGACAAACAUCCGCCCAAGGACUUUGGCGACGUCGAUUCCUUCGGCAAUCUCGACCCCACUGGUGAAUAUAUCGUGUCAACUCGCGUGCGAUGCGGCCGCUCUUUGGAAGGAUAUCCAUUCAAUCCGUGCCUGACUGAGGCCCAGUAUAAGGAGAUGGAAGACAAAGUAUCUAGCACGUUGUCUGGUCUGACCGGCGAACUGAAGGGCACUUUUUACCCGCUCACUGGUAUGAGCAAGGAAGUGCAACAGAAACUGAUCGACGAUCAUUUCCUCUUCAAGGAGGGCGACCGUUUCCUCCAGGCGGCGAACGCUUGCCGUUUCUGGCCCACCGGACGCGGCAUCUUUCACAACGACGACAAGACCUUCUUGGUCUGGUGCAACGAGGAGGACCAUCUCCGCAUCAUUUCGAUGCAGAUGGGCGGUGAUCUCGGACAGGUAUACCGGCGCUUGGUGACGGCGGUGAACGAGAUCGAGAAGCGAGUACCGUUCUCGCACAACGAUCGCUUCGGCUUCCUGACCUUCUGCCCGACGAACUUGGGUACGACGGUGCGCGCUUCGGUGCACAUUAAGGUGCCGAAACUCGCAGCGAACAAGGCCAAGCUUGAGGAGGUCGCGGCCAAGUACAAUCUACAAGUGCGCGGCACCCGAGGUGAGCACACCGAGGCUGAGGGCGGCAUCUACGAUAUCUCCAACAAGCGCCGCCUCGGCCUUACCGAGUAUCAGGCUGUGAAGGAGAUGAACGACGGCAUCGCCGAGCUCAUCAAGCUCGAGGCCAGCCUCUAAACCUACCCGCCCCUCGAUAUUCUUUUACACUCCUCCAUCGUAGCCCCGUCAGACGCCACGCUAUAUUACGUGACGUCACGCUGAAAUUUGUAUCUGUGACAUAAGAAUUUUAUUCCGCGAAUGAAUCACGAGAGAGAACGAUUUGGAGAAUCAUUUGUGACGAUAAUUUAAUGCCAUUGCGACCUUCAGCCAUUUCUGUAUUUUAUAUAUAUUAAUAUUAUAAUCUCAAUGCACUUUAAUAUCAUAGUAUUAAUAUAUAAGAGCGAAGCAGCUCCAUACGGCUGUUAGAUAAUCGUCUUAAAUUGAUUCUUAUAAAUUUGUUCUCGUUAUUUAUUCUCAGAAGGA